AUGUCUGCGACGCCCGCGCCGCCUGAGGACCAGGCACGCCUGCUGGAGGAUGCUCUAGUUGCUGUGCGCCAGCAAACGGCGGUUAUGCGGAAAUGCCUGGAUUCGCCCGGCAAGCUCAUGGACGCACUCAAGUGCUGCUCUACCCUCGUCUCCGAGCUCCGAACGAGCAGCCUCGGCCCCAAGCAAUAUUACGAGCUCUACAUGGCCGUCUUCGACGCGCUGCGGUACUUGUCCGUCCACCUGCGAGAGAACCACCCCGUCAACCACCUGGCCGACCUGUAUGAGCUCGUCCAAUACGCCGGAAACAUUGUGCCUCGUCUCUACCUCAUGAUGACCGUCGGCACAGCCUACAUGUCGAUUGAAGACGCGCCGGUCAAGGAGCUGAUGAAGGACAUGAUGGACAUGAGCCGCGGGGUUCAGCAUCCCAUCCGCGGUCUUUUCCUGCGAUACUUCCUCUCCGGCCAGGCCCGCGACUUCCUGCCCACUGGCGACGGCGACGGCCCCGAAGGCAACCUCUCCGACUCGAUCAACUUUGUCCUCACCAACUUUGUCGAGAUGAACAAGCUGUGGGUGCGCCUCCAGCACCAGGGCCACUCGCGCGAGAGGGAACAGAGGACGAGGGAGCGCAAGGAGCUGCAGCUGCUCGUCGGCAGCAACAUUGUGCGCCUGAGCCAGCUCGUCGACCUCGAGACGUACAAGUCGGGCAUCCUGGCGCCGCUGCUCGAGCAGGUUGUGCAGUGCCGCGAUGUCCUGGCGCAAGAGUACCUCCUCGAGGUCGUCACCCAGGUCUUCCCCGACGAGUUCCACCUCCACACCCUCGACCAGUUCCUUGGCGCUGUCUCGCGCCUCAACCCCCAUGUCAAUGUCAAGGCGAUUGUCAUUGGCUUGAUGGACAGACUUUCAGACUACGCCGAGCGCGAAGGCCCCGCCGAGGGCGACGAUGACAAGGCAAAGGUGGAGGAGGAGGCAUUGGCGAAGCUGCUAGAAAAGGUGAAGAUGCAGAGCGAGGCGCCAGAGUCGGCGGCACCAACAGAUGCGGAUGCCGACACCAGCAAGCCGUCCGACACAAAUGGCAACGAAUCUUCGGGGGCCGACGACGCCAACGGAGAAGCGGAUCCCUCGAAAGCUAGCGAUGCCGCCGACGACGAGACGACGCCGUCCGUUGCAGAAACCGAUACAACGGCCGUCAACGGCUCUGAAACCGCCGCUGAGUCUUCCGAAGCUCCCGACGCAACCAAGACGCCGACGGAGAAGGGCAUUCCCGACAAUGUGCAGCUUUACGAGGUGUUCUUCAGUCAGGUGAAGAACCUGGUCGAGGCGCAACAUCUCCCCAUCCCCGACACAAUCGCGUUGCUGCACUCGCUGACGAACCUGGCCUUGAAUAUCUACCCCGAGCGCCUCGAUUUUGUCAACCAGAUACUCGAAUACGCCCUCGGCAAGGUGCGCGACAACGCCAACAACGCUGAUCUCCACUCUCCUCCUGCCCAGCAGAGCCUUCUCGCCCUUCUCCAGGCACCCAUCAACCGCUACGUCUCCAUCUUCACCGCUCUAUCACUCCCCACCUAUGUCCCCCUUUUCCAGGCGCAGUCCUACCAGACCCGACGCGCUGUUGCUGGCGAGGUAGCGCGCAACCUGCUCCGCAACCAGACCAGGAUAUCAACCUCGUCCCAGUUGGAUAACGUCUUAGAGAUCCUCAAGGUCCUCAUCAAGGAAGGCUCUCAGCCGCCGUCCAAUUACCCCGGCGUUCAGCAGCGUCGUGCUAUGGAGACGGACGAGACUCUCGAGGAGCAAGGCUGGCUGGCGCGUCUCGUGCAUCUCAUCAACGCCGAGAGCAACGACACACAGUUCAAGCUCCUCCAGGCGACACGGAAGGCCUACUCCGAGGGCAACGAGCGUAUCCGUACCACAACUCCUCCUCUUAUCACAGCGUGUAUGAAGCUUGCUCGCAGGUUGAAGGCGAGGGAACACCUCGACGACAACUGGGAGACGCAGAGCAAUGCCUUGUUCAAGUUCAUGCAUUCCGCACUGAGCACUCUCUACACGCGUGUCAGCGGCCCGGGAGCGGCAGAGCUCGCCCUGCGCCUCUUCUGCUCCUCUGGCAUGACGGCUGACCAAGCUGGUUUCGAAGAGGUGUCCUACGAGUUCUUCGCACAAGCCUUCACCGUCUACGAGGAGGCCGUUUCUGAUUCCAAAGCCCAGUUCCAGGCCGUCUGCAUCAUUGCCAGCUCGCUUCACCAGACCAGGAACUUUGGCAAGGAGAACUACGACACUCUCAUCACCAAGUGUGCGCAGCACGGCAGCAAGCUGUUGAGGAAGCCCGACCAGUGCCGUGCCGUCUAUCUGGCAAGCCACCUCUGGUGGGCCAUGCCCAGCCAGGCCAAUGGCGAGACGGACGAGACGGAUCUUUAUCGCGACGGCAAGCGCGUGCUCGAGUGCCUCCAACGCGCCCUCCGCGUGGCCGACUCCUGCAUGGAGACGGCCGCCUCUAUUGAGCUUUUUGUUGAAAUUCUUGACCGCUAUGUCUACUACUUUGACCAGCAAAACGAGGCCGUCACGACCAAAUACCUCAACGGCCUCAUUGAGCUCAUCCACUCCAACCUCGCCGGCAACCAGCAGGAUUCGGCGUCGAUCGACAACAGCAAGCGCCACUUUUACUCGACGCUCGAAAACAUUCGGAGUAGGCAGUACGAGGGUGUCGUGUUGUACCCGAAAUGA